CAGUCUACAACCCACCGGUCACCCUCCCUGGGCCAACGCCGCGCCUUCCUGUGAGGGCUUUGGCUGGCGAUCUCUGCGCAAGGCAAGGACCUCGUUCCUAGGGUCCUGCGCCUCAUCUAACCCUGUCAUUCCACCCAGAGGAGCCCGGGACCUGCCCUGGUGAACCGACUCAAAAAAGUGGAGUGCCCAAGCGGAGCAGCAGCACCUGCCCCGGGCGAGCGCAAGAGCUGAUGGAGGGGGCCCAGUGAUCCUGCCCUAGACGUCUGCCCGUCUUUCUUCUCUGCAGGUCAAGCUCGCGCGGGGAAAAAAAAUGUACCAAAGCUUGGCGUUAGCCCAGAGCCCCGGCCAGGGCACUUACGCCGACUCCGGAGCCUUUCUGCACUCUUCGGGAACCGGCUCCCCGGUGUUCGUGGCACCCACUCGCAUGCCCUCCAUGCUGCCGUACCUGCCUUCGUGUGAGCCGGGCUCGCAGGCUCCCGCGCUCGCCGCGCACUCCAGCUGGACACAAGCAGUUGCCGCUGAUUCCUCAGCCUUCGGCUCCGGAAGCCCGCACCCGCCAGCCGCACACCCACCGGGAGCCACCACCUUCCCGUUCGCUCACAGCCCUCCGGGGUCGGGCAGCGGCGGCAGCGCGGGGGUCCGGGACGGCGGCGCCUUCCAGGGCGCGCUGCUGGCUCGCGAACAGUACCCGACCCCGCUCGGGAGACCCAUGGGCGCCUCGUACCCCACAACCUACCCAGCAUACAUGAGUUCCGACGUAGCCCCUUCGUGGACCUCCGGAGCCUUCGACAGCAGCAUCCUGCACGGUCUGCAAGCUCGCCCUGGUGGCCUCCCUGGCCGCAGGACCAGCUUCGUACCUGACUUCUUGGAGGAGUUCCCUGGUGAGGGCCGGGAGUGCGUCAACUGUGGAGCCCUGUCUACACCACUGUGGCGCAGGGACGGCACCGGACACUAUCUAUGCAAUGCCUGCGGCCUCUAUCACAAGAUGAACGGGGUCAACCGACCGCUAGUGAGGCCCCAGAAGCGUCUGUCCUCAUCCCGAAGAUCCGGCCUAUGCUGCUCCAACUGCCAUACUGCCACCACCACCCUCUGGAGGCGCAACUCGGAGGGCGAACCAGUGUGCAACGCCUGUGGCCUCUACAUGAAGCUCCAUGGGGUGCCAAGGCCACUGGCAAUGAAAAAGGAGAGUAUCCAGACAAGAAAACGGAAGCCAAAGAACCCUGCCAAAAUCAAGGGCUCCUCAGGAUCCACAGCAAACACCACAGCCUCUUCUCCCACUCUCCUCAACUCUGAGAGCUCAGCCACCACUUUGAAGGCAGAGUCCAGUCUGGCAUCUCCAGUGUGUGCUGGGCCCACUAUCACCUCCCAGGCCUCCAGCCCAGCGGACGAAUCCCUGGCCUCCAGCCAUUUGGAGUUCAAGUUCGAACCUGAAGACUUUGCCUUCACCUCCUCGUCCAUGAGCCCCCAGGCUGGUCUCAGUGGGGUCCUACGUCAGGAGACCUGGUGUGCUCUGGCCUUGGCCUAGGUGCUCAGGAAACUGUCACCACAGUACAUCCCAGGAACAGAAGUUAGUUCCUGUGUCAGCAGCCCCAGAGGUCCCUCACCACUAUGCUGGCGAAAUUUUCUGUGCUGAUUGCCUGGAGAAAGAAGCAGGCUGGUGGAUGAAGGGUUGGAGCCUCAGCCGGGGUAGUAAUGGACUCCCUAGACCCCCUCAUGGACCUCUCUGCAGCCAAGAUGACUGGAGAUAUCCACCAAUUACUUGAAUUUAGCUCUUGACAUCGAUCGUCAAAAUUUACAGUUUGUAGCAGCUGGCAAAGGUUCAUAGUAUCCCACAGUAAAAUCUGAUCCAAGUGAAACAAACAUACUCCAGGCAGGCAAUAAGAAAUAGGGCCUCUGGGCCCUCGUCGUCUUCAUUUCCCGUGUUUGACUCUGUACGACUGAGAGAGCACACUCUUGCUUACAGACGCAGGACUGCCAGAGACCAGUGUACAGGUUGAGCACUGUACCAGGACACCGCCCCAAGGCAAACGCAUCCCUCCGGCCCAUCAUCGCAGACUUCUGUAUUUAUUUGUAUGUUUGUUUCCAGGCCAGGCAGUAAAGGGCCUUGUUCUGGCAAUCUGCGUACUAAGGUGUUUGCUAGUGGGCAGACCUGCAGAGACACUGUUGGAAUUGGGUGAUGUGUGACCUUGUGGCCUAGCUCAGCCAUUAUUCCAGCAGUUGGCAACACAGCCCUAUUUGUAGCAUCUUCUUCACCCAGGUCACAUCAGCUGGUGGUGACUUUGCCCAAGGCCUGCAGGUCAGUUCUAGGGCCCUGGUACAGGGAGGUGACAGGCAACAAAAGACAGGUGUUCUAUAUGCCGCAUUCCCACAGGUUUUAGCUCAACGGGCUAAUUCCUGGCCAUCCCAGGCUUCCACUCCCCAGUGAGGAAACCAAGAAGCAAGGGAGUCAGGGAUCAUCCACCCAUGAAGGUCACCCCUAACCUGUCUCCUGCGUGGACCCUCAAUCCUUCCUUCCAGUUCAGCUUGAGGGAGAGGCAGUAGGCCCUGGUUAGAAGGAAAUCAAGAGGCAGUAGCCUGCAGCAUUUGCAGGCAUCGCAGGGGCAAAGGCAAGACAUGCUCUUGUAACUAGCUCCAAGCAGGCAUACCUCACCACCCGUGUAUCUGUGGAAGAAAGCCAGCUGCCUAGGUGUCUGUUAUCACAUCCCAGAGGCUGGAGUAAGGAGAGGAGGGGACUAGAGACCUGGACACAGGCAACACCGUGUGAGCAUCUCCAAGCACCCAUACCCCAAGUGUGCACAGAUGCAGACAGGACCACAGCUGUGCACAAGGUCAUAGCACCAUGUUCUCGAUACAGUGCUGUUCCUAGGAGCUCUGUGUGUUCCUAGUGUCCUAGCCUCAGUUUCCCCUUCUGUGAUUAGAGAGGUGUCUGUGAGCACAUCCGUAAUUCAUGUACCUUUGAGGUGGUUCAAGGCACUCACCAACCUAGGAAGGCUUCCUGGAGACAGCCACAGUGUAAGGCACAAGGCAGAUGGCACCCCCUUGAAUGGAGAGGAAGGGAACUCGGGAAGAGAGGGGCAUGAAGACAUAAGAUCCCUUCCACGUUGGUUUCUCUGCCUUUCUUUGUUUCAUUCGUUUGUUUUUUGUUGUUGUUAUUUUGUUUUGUUUUGUUUUUUGAGACAGGGCCUUACUAUGUAGCUCUGGCUGUCCUGGAACUCAUUAUGUAGACCAGGCUGGCCUCAAACUCACAGAGACCUGCCUGCCUCUGCCUCCUGAGUACUAGGAUUAAAGGCAUGAGCCACCUG